CACUCGGGGUUUGGCUGUAUAUAAGCAGUUAAGCGAGGGAUUUUUGGAUCAAUGUGCCAGUCUCCAAGGGCGCACACUCUGACCGGGUGAUGGUGAGAGCGCACGCAGGGCGCACAGGAAGCGUGCUGACGGUGUGCUGUUUACUUCACCUGCAGUGACCAGGAGGGAAACCCCGACACCUGCAGCUGCCAGGCCGGGACACGAGCCCACGCUGCCUCCUCCACGCACAGCGCUGUCCGGCCGGUGUGGUGCUGAAAAGCGCAGGAUGCCAGCCUGGUGACUUCUUGGAGCUGAGCCAAGAAAGACGCAACCUUCUAGAACUUUUUUUUUUUAAAAAUUAAAUAAUAUUAAAAAACAAACAAACAAAAAAAAACAAAGACUUUAAUGCAUGGAUUCGAAGCAAGAUAAAACCCAAGAAGAAACAGACAGCACAGCGCAGAAGUGAUGGCUGGACUACCCCCCGCCCUCGGCGUCACUCCGGCGGUCUGAGCUCAGCAGCGCCUCGAACCCAGCGGAGCCUCCGUAGAGAGACAGAGGCUUUCGAUCAGUGAGUGGCGGUCGACGGGUCGUUGCGCGUGGACUGGAGCGCGGCGAGCUCACUGUCCGACCUCGCGCUUUUGGGGAGCACGCGGACCUGCUUGGCGCGCAGACUGAUUCUGACAGCACCUUUGGGCGCUCUGGACUUCAGCGAGGUGAAUGUUGAUGACACCAUUGAAAUGUUACCAAAAUCAAGACGAGCGCUCACCAUUCAAGAGAUUGCUGCAUUAGCACGAUCCUCCCUUCAUGGUAUUUCCCAGGUUGUGAAGGACCAUGUGACCAAGCCUACAGCCAUGGCGCAGGGCAGAGUAGCCCAUUUAAUAGAGUGGAAAGGUUGGUGCAAGCCUAUAGACACUCCUGCAGCGCUGGAAUCAGACUUCAACUCUUAUUCAGACCUCACUGAGGGAGAACAGGAGGCACGCUUUGCUGCUGGUGUGGCAGAGCAGUUUGCCAUAGCGGAAGCUAAGCUGAGGGCCUGGUCCUCUGUGGAUGGCGACGAGUCCAACGAUGACUCAUAUGACGAAGACUUUCUGCCUGCCAACGAGCCCACCACACAGAGCACAGAUGUGCCAUCUUAUCCUCCCUACUUGAAGGACCUGAUCCACAGCCAGCUUUGCCAGCACCUGGGCUUGCGAGGCCCCUGUUGCGAGAGUGGAGGAGGAGGUGGAGAGGGAGGUGGCAGCGGAGAGCCCUCCCCUACAGCAGGCUCCCCAGACACCCUGUGCUCUAGCCUCUGCAGCCUGGACGAGCAGCACCCACUGCUGCGUGACCUGGGUGGGCACCGCGGCACACACUUCCACAGCAACGCUGCUGAGCUCGCCGCAAAGAUCCUGUCGGCGCUGCACGGAGGGGAGGAGCUGCUGCUGGCCCGACUCCAGAGGGUGGGGCAGAGCGGGCCCGGUGGGGGGGACUGUGGCUUCCACAGCCUGCGUGGGGGCGGGCGGAGCAUCAGGCCCUGCGGGGGUCAGGACUCUCCUUGCUACUCCAUGUCUUACUCCGAGACGUACCUGUCGCCCGGUGAGGACGACGACACCCCCUGCAAGGACUAUGAAGGCACCGUGUGCCAGGUGGAGGCAGAGGGCAACGGGGUGGAGUACCCACCUGACUAUGACCCACGCAGGAGGGUGUCCGACGUGGCCUCCUCUGGGGUGGUUUCUCUGGACGAGGAGGAUGAAGAGGAGGAGGAGGAGGAAGAGAGGGCAGGAGAGCCAAGCAACCAAUGACUCCUCUCUUCUCACCUCAGUGUUGAAUCCCUCCACAGUCUAUGGAGGACUUUCUUUUUUGCAUCAGCUCCCCCUCUCCUUCAUGGCGUCUGAAAUGUUUGAACCUCUGAGCAUGUUGUAUUUUUUUCUCUGAGUGAUAUAGAAAUCAUCCGUCUUUGCCUUACUUGCAGCAUUUCAGCUCCUCCUCUCCACCUCGUAACUGCUUUGUCCCCAUUCCACGUAUCAACUCUUGUUUUCUUUGAAGGCGUCCAAACAAUCUUUUUUAUCAGUGUGAAAACAGUGAAUGCUGGACUUGCUCCAGCGGUCCAGCGACUGACUCGUGGGUAUGACGCUCACAGUUUUCGGCUCUGUCCCUACCUGCGAAGCAAACAGAUGCCACCACCAGGCAGACAGAAUGACUGAGAGUCCAGAACUCUGACUUAUCUUUGCAUGUGUUUUGCAAGUGCUGAAAUCAAUGGGCUGACCCGGUCUUGAGCACGAUUUGUAAUCUCAGCUGUUCAGUAUAACCCCUGCCCAUCUCCCCAGCGUCUCCCAUGGGGGGGCAGGUUGACACUGCAUCCUGGGACCUGCCCUUACCACCACCCCCCCUUUCCUCCUUUGCAAGAGACUAAAUAGCAUCAUUUUGGGCAUGGCUUGCUGAGUAUGCCAAACUAUUUAACCCUGUCACUACCAAUUAUGAGCAAAUGCUGGAAUGUUUUCAAAGUGACAGGUCAUAGUAUGUAUUUUAAAAUAACAAAGUUUAAAAAAAGAUUUGUCACAAAUGAUAUGACAGAAAUGAUAUGCUUUUAUUGUACUAGUUUUCUAUCACUCAAACAUGUCGUGGUUCAUAUUAUUCCAAAUAUCAUUAUGAUGGACAUCUGCCAUAAUGAUCAACUAAAGCUACUGCAUAUUUUUGGGGGUUCUGUGGAUUCCUGCAUGGAAGACACAAGAACUUUGGUUGUCUUAAAAAAAAAUCCACAGCAGCAUCAGCAGCAGCAGCAACGGCGACAAACACAAACAGAAUGUUCCUGAAGUGACCCUUUGGUGAUAGGUGUUCGGCAGGAAGGUUGUAAAGACAGAAAAGUUUUUUCUGCGGAAAGAUAAGUUGCAUUGGAGAUUUUCUAUAUUUUUGUAUGCGUUGUCUUGCUUUGAUCUCUUUGCCUAUGCGGCGUGCCAGUGUAUGUGGUUUUUUGCACGAAGCUAAUGUGGCUGUAGAUUUCUCCUUUCUUCGUUAUCACUGUGUGAUAUAGUCUACUGGGAAAAAAAUAACAAUACAAAUGUGAAAAGUUUUUAUUUUAUUUUUUAUUUCAAAAGAGGAUACUGUGAUACGGUUUGUUAUUGCCAUUUGUCAUGAUCCUCAUGAAGAGCUCUUAUUUUUUCCUUAUUUUUCAAAAAUGCUCUUCAUUCUUUCCUCUCAUACUGACUCUUGAAAAGCUUUGCCUUUUAUUCUGUACUUUCCCUUCUUUUCUAUGAUGCUUGCAAAAGGGCAUGUUUAUGUGACACAUGCAGAAAUCUCCCAUCUCCAUGGUGAUGUGACGAACCCCAUUGAGGUUCUCCCAGAGGGACUGUCAUUCAUACAACUCAGGAAUUCCCAUUGGACCAGAGCAUCAAUGCAUCCCGCCUGCACGCACAACGCCACUCAUCUCUGAUCCUCCACCUCGGUGUGUUAGUGUGUGGAUGUUUGAGUGAGAGAAAGCCUGGUGUGCGUAGUUAUUUUCUACAAAUAAUUAAAGCACAGAUUCAGUCCCCAUGUCCCCUCUUUUAUGUUGUUUGACUGUUUAGAAAAGCCUCAAUGUGUGAGUGUAUGUUUGACGUCUGUGUGUGUGUGUGAUUGUGAGUGUGGCUGUAUUGUAAGAUGUCAGCGAGCGAUUCAAGCUCGCACUAUAUAUCCAUUCCAAAACCCCUCCAAUGCAGCGAGUCCCUUUAAAACAGUGUCUGGUGUAGUCGAGCUCUUAUUGGAGGUGAACUUUUACUGGUGCUGGAGAUUUUAAAAUAAUAGCAUACAGUGCAUAAAAUGAAUUUUGAACUCAAAAUUAUAUGAAAACGAAGAGUCCCUGUAAGGAGAGUUGCAAAAGACAGCGACAACUCAGGUGGAACCAUUGAAGCUGUGCCUUUCAUUCGUCACCUUUGACCUCCGAAGUAUCAUCAUCAUCAUCAUCAAAUCCUUCAUGUCACUCAGGCCCUAGCUUGGCUUCCUCCCCAUCCCCACUUCUAAACAUACUAGAGCAGAAUAAAGUGCUACGACCAUCAGUCUGAGGUAGAUGGAGGCGCAAAAUAUCCUGUUGCAUCUCGUCCUGUCGCCGUAGGUUACAGCAGGGCGAUGUGCGUCAUUGUCCUUUUGGUUGACAUUAAAAGCCGUGCGAUGCUGGCGAGGUGAGGUUGUGCUUUUGUCCGGGCGCGGUGACGCGAGUGUGCCAUUGUUCACCGACUCCCCCCUUUUCCUCUAUUUAUCAGCUCACUUUGUCCACCACUGUGCAUGCAUUUGCUCUGUGUGUCUAUCUGAGUUUCCCCAUCCUCUCCCCGGGCAACGUGUGUGUGUGUGAGAGAGAGAGAGAGAAGGCGGGCACCUUGGUGUGAUGCAUUUUUCAUUCAGCAAGCUAUCUUGCUCUCUCCCACAUCCAAGAGUUUUUUAUUUUAUUUAUUUUUUUUGUUAUUGUACUUCUGAAGACUAUGACUACCUUCAUUCAUUAACCUUCACCCUGACUCCAUCCUAAAUGUCAUCCUUUGUAGAAGUGGCACUGUUGUGGAUCUCCUCAUCUUUAUAUCCUUAUGAGUGCAUUUUGUCCUCAUAAGAAUAGAAACAGAAGAUUUCCCGCUGACACACACAGAGACAGCCUGAUGAAUGUGUCCCCUCUCCAUCCUGCUAUCACUGCUCUGUCAUUUCCUGCCUCACCCUCCUUUGCUCCCCUCCUACCUCUCUUUGUCUUCGUCCUUUCCCCUCAUCCUGUCUCCCCCCUUUUUCUUUCCCUCCUUCUCUCCCUCCAUCAGUCUCUGCAGGGGGUCAUUACGUAAGUGAGAGGACACUGGAGUGCUACCUUUGCCGACAGGCAAUUAGUCUGCGAUUAUAAAACCGCCUGAUGAUCAGGAGAUGUGUAUCUCUCUCCUGUCUGUCUUUUUUCACCCUUUUCCCCUUCACUCCAUCUGCACCGUCCCUCCCUCCCUCCCCUUUCUCUCCACCCCCUCCUCACAUUCACAAGUUUUUUUUUUCUAAGUGACAUCAUUUGAGGUUAGCUGUCCCAGAAAACUCCUCAUGGUCUUUUGUUUUGGUGCUCGCCUCUCUGUUUGGAAGUGAUUCAUAUUUUGUCACCCAAUAACAGAAGAACACCUGACUGUCCUUGAGUUAAGCAGAUAUCUUGAGAGUGUUCCUUACUGUGCAAGUGUAUGUGUCUCUAGGCAUUGUAUUUUAGUUUGUUGCUUCAGGCAAGCGCUGACAUUGGAUAGUUAUCAGAGAGAAGUGCUCCAGAUUCUGUGUGUGUGUGAUAAUGGCGGGAGAACCCAGUGCUAUAAAAAGACAUCAAAACAUCUGUCAGACAGUGUCAAGGCAGGAGGACGUAUGAAUAUUCAGUUGGCAGUGGUGCCCCUGUCACCCUAUAACCUACUUACCAUUUAAAACAAGGGAAGCUAAAGGGCCGAGGGAGCGUUCUCCCCAUGCUACUGACCCUCAGCAGUGAAUACUAGGACAAACCACAAGUGAGACUGAGAGUGUGAAAAGUGCUGCAGGAGCUGAGUUUAACGAGUGUAAUCUUCACAGACAGAGAUGGUCUUUGUUUAACCCACAUUAGCCUCCACUGUCUUAAUUAAAACAUCCCAUAAUCCUCGGGGGGUUUGGGUUCACACAGUGACACACACAUAGAAUGAAGAGAGACUUACAGUGCAGAGGGCUUGUGAGAGUUCAGAGAGCAAAGCCAUACUACUCACUCAACAGAGGCAAAGACACGAACUGAAACAGGGUGUAAGGAAACAGAUGACCCAAAAUGAAUGUACUGCCCCAUCCUUGCCCUAACUGGGAUGCAUGUCACUAUCAACAUCAGUCCAACACACACUCAACCAUCUCCUCCCUCUGAAUCUCAAUCACCUCUCUUUCCUUUUCCUCUUUCUUUAUAAUACUUUCCUUCCUCUUUUGGCUGAAUGUAAUUAUUUGAAUAUUACCAUGGAUUUGAAAAAAAAAUAUUUGUUUGCUGCAUCUGGUAUUAUUUCGAGUUAAUAAAAUAUUGUUAUUGUUCUUUGCAAAAAAUACA